CUCUCUCUCUCUCUCUCUCACACACACACACACUGUCACCUCUGUGGUGUUAUUGUGAGUCAGCCGGUGUUGGCUGGGUUUGUUGUUUGUGGUUCAGCUGUGGGGCAGUGGUAGUGGUCUCAGAGCUCCAUGGCCUGUCGACCCCCCGGCUCUGCCUCCUACACCGUGGUAAUCAUCCCGCUCAGGAGCAGCCUCUACAGCCUGGACGCUCUGCGCUUCUACCUAUGGGUUAAGCGUCUGAAGGACUUGGAGCAGGAGAAGGACGCUCUGUGCUCGGGCCUGGAGGUUCUGGAGAAGGCCCGCCUCUGGUACCUCCAGCGGCUGGAGGAGAACCGAGCCAGGCAGGGCAGCUUCCAGACCCAGCAGAGUGGGGUCAACCCCCGGCAGGACGGAGCAGCAGAGGCCUGGUCUUGCCUCCUCAGGUCUCGGAUCCAGCGGGUGAACGGCUCUCUGGGCUCUGUGAUGACUGAGCCCAAUGUGACCAGCGGCAGCAGCGCCUCUCUGCCCGACGCAGUGACCGACAGCGACCUCCGGUGGCAGAACACAGCACUGGCUCAGGAGGUGAGUGACAAGAACCGUAAGAUCUCACUUUUGGAAUUCGAAAAAGACGCCAUCCUUGAGCAGCUUGAUGAACUGCAGUAGUUCACUUCAUAAAAGAGAUGCAGAGAGUGGACAAAAUGAUCAACUAUAUACGUCAAUAUUUAGGGGCGAAUCUUUCUAACAAUUUUGAGAAAUGUGUUCUUUUUGAGAAUUUCCAUUUUAUAAAAUAAGAUGUGUUUCUAAAGAUGGAACUACCAAAAGGUAUAUAAAGAAGUUUAACCUUCAAGUACUGCUUACAUCUUAAUGUAUCUGCAACAAUGAUCCAAUAAUUCAAUACAUGACACUGAUAGUGAGCAUUCUGUGUGAGUACCAUUACUUUUGACACUUUAAGUACAUUUUCUUGCUAAUAUAAUUGCAAUGUUGUUUACUAGUGUAGCUCAUAAAUACAUUAUUUUCCCACAAAUGCAAUGUAAACAACAUUAUGCCACUUGCUUCAACCACUUAUACAGGUAUCUACUGGAAAUGGAGGGUUGUAAAAUAUCUUAUUUUUUAAUAAUCCCAAAUGGUGGACAUUUUUCAGCUUUGAUACUGUGUAAUACAAUUCCCAAGGCAGCUGAGAAAUUGUUUAAGCUAAAGUGCAUCAAUAUAUUUUCCCCACAUCACUGUGUGUCCUGUUACUCACAUUUGUUCCGUUUCCGUCUCUGAAUGUGGGCUCUGUGUCUCGACACGUUGCAGAAACCUUACCCGGUGGUCCCGCACUGAUCUUAUUGAACUGAUAAACGUUAUCUAUCCAAGUCAUCGUGCAUGUUAGCAGGUAUUUUCUCUCCUGCACAGCACUAAUCUGCAGCCUUAAACACAGAAGGCAACACUAGCAGGCCUAUCAAAGAACUCUAAUCUGUCACACACACAGGAGUAUUUAUUUUUCAAUAAUCCAUUCCCUCCUCCAUCUUGGUUGAUUAUUCCACCCGUGGAUGGAUUUUUUAACCGGAGCAGGAAACCAAAGUGUCAGGGGCCCAACUGGCCUUCACCUAUAAUAUGUAAGUCAAAGACGCAUGUACCAACGAGGAAUAAACUCAAGUGACCAAUUAAAUACAUAUCCAACAACAAAGAGAUGCAGAACAGCUGCAAAGAGAACAAGACUAAACAAUUAUGAAAAGGAAAAAAACUACAAAAAAUAGACAUUAGGCAACUAUAAAGAGUCCAAAAUAAUGACAAAAUAGACAUGCAAAACACCUUUAAAAAAACUACCAAUAGACUUAAAAGGACAGAAAGACAGAAAAUGACUUUAAAGUCACAAAACAACAACAAAAAGAGGCUAAACAAACAACCAUAUAGUCUGUCUUGCUUCUAUGUUGUACAGAUACUGGGGCCUUUUAAAUGACUGGUCCCAGGGGUCAUUGUCAAAUGUUUUGCCCAUGAUUCUACUUUUUCUUUUGACUACAUUUUCAUAUUCUAUGCUUCAUAUCCUUAAUUGGGAGAGCUUUUUUUGCCUAUGUAUAUCUACGAGGUAUAUGUAAAAGAUAUUGUCUAUAUGUGUUGACUCCAAGAUAUCGGAGUAAGUAUGCAGUUCGUACUGUGUUGUGUUAAGACUACAAGGUUAUUGUGACAUAAAUAGAUUCACCAAGAUGAUAACAUAAAUCUGUUGAUAUGAUCCUUACCAUUACCGAAACAUAUCAUAUUUUCUUCUGGCUUUUGUACUAAAUCAGAUUCAUGCAUUCGCAACUAUACCUUCCAGUAAAGUGGAGCAAUGUCUGUAAGGAAUAUGUGCAGGAAUGAGAUUAAAAUCAGCGUGUGAGCUUCCGGAGAGAAAACAUCCAUUAUAGCGGAGGCUUUCAUUUAAGUAGCUCCAUGUUCCCUAUCUUCAGAAUGCCACUGAACCAUCCAGCCCGGGUACCAGCACUUGGAUAAUUAUUGGGUCUAAUUCACAAACUGCACAGCCCAACACCUUUGUUAUGUCACGCCUUCGUGGAAAGCAAUGCCUUUCUUCAGCAGCAACACGGUUCACUUGCACGGCACUCUGCUGGUCUCUCCAAACUCCUUCUACUUGUAUACAAUAUCAUGUUUACCUUUUUCCCCCCAAUUUGUGGUUUGGGUUUUUCUGAAAAUCUGAAAUUGUGAGCUGUUUCCGUGCAGGUCAGCGGAGGUGGGAAGCAAAAACACACACACAUGGCUGCCUGAUAAAUGCAUUCUUUAAGCUAUUAGGGGAAGAAGCUUCCUGAGAUAUACGGUGCAGUCAGUAGGUGGUCUUUGAAGAGCACUUAAGGAAUACUUAGUUUGAGGUGUCAUUUCUGUGCUUCAGGGACCAGUUAAGCCUACUAGUUAUUUAAAGCCUGAUAGCAUUUUUUCUUCUGUUGGGUAAAAUAUUUAUAUUACAAUCUCAAUCAGUACUACACUAUAAAUGUGAUUUUCAUUUAUAGUAAUUU